GAUCGGAGUUCACAUCGGGGGCACGUGUAGCUGUGUGGCCGUUUGUAAGGUCUGGGAUCUGGGAUCGAAUUAAGUCUUGUCACUGAAGAGAAUGUCCCUUCAUUAAUCUACACGAGUGGUCCUAUGAACCGCUAUCAUUCCGCGGGGCACCGGCAUCGAGGGGCUGAAUGGCCUCCUGUUCCCAUUUUUCAUUGAUUUCAAUUCGUUCUAAAGACAGAAAAUCGGCAAAUUCAGAGACUUAGAGAAUUCCAGCAGAAUCAGUAACAACAGUUGGUGUCUGCACAAUGGAAUCAGUCAUACUAAUCAGGAAUUAUUACAUGAAGCAAAAUACUGUGGAUGCUGGAAAUUAUGAAAUGAAGGCAGAAGCUGAUGGAUAAACUCUGUGUCAGGCACAAGAAGAAGGAUGGUCGAGCCGACGUUGUAGCAAAUGAUGCAGGUGACCGUGUUACUCCAGCAGUCGUUGCUUAUAGAGAAAAUGAGAAGAUUGUGGGCUUGGCAGCAAAACAAGGCAGAAUCAGGAAUGCGUCAAACACUUUCGUGAAAGUGAAACAGAUUCUUGGCAGACGUUUCGACGAUCCUCAAGUUCAGAAGCAUGUGGCAAAAAGCAAGUGUUCUGUUAUUGAAAAGGAUGGGAAACCUAGAUUUGAGAUUGAUACUGGGGAAGAGCUCAAGAUUGUCACUCCAGAGGAAGUAAUGAAGUUGAUAUUUGCAAAAAUGAAGGAAACUGCACAAUCAGCAUUGGGCUCUGAUGCAAAUGAUGUUGUCGUGACUGUCCCACUAGACUUUGGCAAGAACCAGAAAAAUGUUUUAAGACAGGCAGCCCAGGCAGCUGGUUUCAAUGUCUUGCGAUUGAUUCAUGAACCUGCAGCAGCUCUUCUUGCAUUUGGAGUUGGACAGGAGUCACCUACUGAGAAGAGUAAUGCACUGGUUUACAAACUUGGUGGAUCAUCACUAUCUGUUACAAUAGUAGAGAUAAAUAGUGGCAUGUACAGAGUCCUUGCCUCUCAUACUGACGACAGCAUAGGAGGAGAGUGUUUCACGGAAGCAUUGGCACUCUAUUUAGCUUCAGAAUUCCAGAGAUUGUUUAAGCACGAUGUUAAGAGCAAUACGAGAGCCAUGAUGAAACUUAUUAAUAGUGCUGAAGUUGCUAAGCACACAUUGUCAACUUUGGGAAGUUCCAACUGUUUUUUAGAUUCACUUCAUGAAGGCUUAGAUUUUGACUGCAGUAUAUCCAGAGCAAGAUUUGAAUCUGUAUGUUCUGCAUUGUUCAUUCAAAGUGUUCAGCCUAUUCAGAAGCUUGUAGAAGAAGCUGGACUCUCCAGAAGUGAAAUAUCUAAGGUUGUUCUUUGUGGUGGCUCCGCACGUAUUCCAAAAUUGCAGCAAAUGAUUCGAGAUCUGUUCCCAGAUGUCGAUCUGUUAAAUUCCAUCCCCUCAGAUGAAGUGAUAGCUGUUGGUGCAGCUAUUGAGGCUGCAUUGUUACUAGGGAAGGAGAACAGUUCAUUGGAAGAAGAAUCUGUAAUUGUGGAGUGCUCUGCACGCAACAUUGUUGCUAAGGAGAGUGAUGAGUCUGGAUCUGACACAUAUAAGGUGGUGUUUCCAUCAGGUACUCCAUUACCAGCAAGAAAACAUCAUGCUUUUCAAGCACCAGGAAAUGUUUCUUCUGUCUGCCUUGAACUGUAUGAGUCUGUGGAGAAAGGUUGUGAGCCAGAAAGAAACAAAUUAGCACAGAUUGUACUCAAAGAUUUACAACUGAAGGAAGACGGCAACCGUGACAUUCUCUCUGUUCUCACCAUGAAAAGGGAUGGAUCAUUGCAUAUCACUUGUACAGAGCAAGGAACGGGAAUUUCAGAGGCAAUCACCAUAGAUGCUGCAUCGUAGGUAAUUGACAAGGAAUAAACUCUUGGAAGCUCAAGAUCCAUAUCGUUGAAAGAGACCCCCUACUUGAAACCACUGUUCCCAACAAGUACUCACCUUGGUUGAUGAAGAGAUCCCACCAAUAGUAUAAUCUACUCCCAUUCUCGACUCUGAUUACAUGUUCUUCUGAUUUGUUUAUAUUUUAUGUAAGAGAAUCUGAACUAUGGAUUGAAUAUUGAGCCAACUUUAAAACGCACUGAUGCAGGUUUGAUAUUGCAAUAUAAAAUGGCAAUGAAGUGCUGCAAUUGCUGGAAAUUUGAAAUAAACAUAAAAGGGUGGAAAUGCUCAUUGGGUUGUGCAGCAGCUGCCAGGAAAAUAAUCAUUCAUUUUUCAUUGACUUUGGUAUUGUUAUUAAACUUAAUACUUGAGUAAAUUUAAAAUUGGCACUGUUUUUAAAAAUAAAAGAUGGUUUUCUUGGGGUCUAGAUAGGU